UCUCGCGUAUAGCACACCUACUCGCCGAUUACACUGCAAUGCGUCGAGGCUAGAGAUAUCGCUGUCUGUUCGGAAUGGAAGCGCCAAGGCUAGGCUCUUCGUUAUAAGUUCUUUAGCUGGAUUAGUUGGCGAGGCAAGGCUUAAGUGCUUCUCUAUUCUUGGGAUUACUAGUCAGCGGCGUGAAUGUAAUUUGUGGAGUAUAUGUGAAUGAUUUCCCCUCUGGAUGUAAUCUUGACAGACAACGUGCGUUUUCAGGUGCUGGUAGGACACAUGGAUGAAUAACAGUAACUCUCUGAUGGAGGUGCUUGAGCGCCUUUACCAAGGUGAACAGAACCGGGUAAUUAUUGGUCCUGAAGAGCAACAUCGACAAAUCACGCAUGCUCAUGUCAAAUGUCUUCAGCAAACCUUGUACGAGAAAUCAAAGCUAACAGGUCUGCAAUGUAACCGGACCUGGGAUGACCUGAUGUGUUGGCCCCCGACCAGGGCAGGGGACGUCGCAGAACAGCCUUGUGCAAAAUAUGUUCACGGAUUCAACCUGCAAGGACGUGCCACGCGGACGUGUACAGAAACUGGCGAGUGGUUCGUCAAUCCGAUCUACAAUGAGACAUGGACAAAUUACACGGAUUGCUACGCAGACAAAUCUGUCAAGGCAGACCCUACUUUUGCGGAACACUUGGCUCGCAUCCGGAUCAUGUUCAAUAUUGGCUACGGGCUGUCUCUGACUUCCCUCACCUUCGCAGUCUUUGUCGUUGUAUAUUUCAGACGUCUACACUGUCCCCGGAACAUCGUCCACCUCAACCUCUUUCUGUCCUUCAUGUUUCGAGCCACGCUCUCCAUCCUGAGGGACAACCUAUUCCUCGGAGGGUUGGGUCUACCCAUCGACAUGAUCGCUAACACCCACGGCAUUCUGGAGUUCAACCCAGAGGGAACGCACUGGCAGUGUAAGCUGUUGUUGACCUGUUUCCACUACAUGCUAGCGGCCAACUACAUGUGGAUAUUUGUGGAGGGGCUGUACCUCCACACACUCAUCAUCGUCGCCGUGUUCUCCGAGCGGAACACCGUGCGCUGGUAUAUUCUUCUGGGAUGGGGAGGGCCGUUGGUGUUCGUCAUUCCUUGGGUUGCCGUCCGGGCCAGUCUUGAAAAUAAAUUUUGUUGGAACACCAAUCCCACGCCUGGCUACUUCUGGAUAAUGAAGGGUCCUAUCGUUGCUAUACUAGUGGGUUCUUUUGUUUUUUUCGUGAAUGUGGUGCGGGUUUUGUUUACCAAGCUGCAAGUAACAAGAAACAGCACCCCCCGUGCGAGAAAAUAUCGAUAUAGGAGAUUGGCUAAAUCCACUCUAGUGCUUAUACCACUCUUCGGCGUCCACUACAUCAUAUUCGUCUUCGUCCCCGACGGCGUCUACACGACGGAGCUAGUUAAACUCUACUACGAGCUGUUCUUCAAUUCAUUCCAGGGUUUUUUCGUUGCCUGCCUCUUCUGUUUCUGCAACGGCGAGGUACAAUCUGAACUGAGAAAGAUGUGGAUACGUCACAAAUUACGAACCAACUCUAGGAAAUUUCAAAGGAUAUACUGGCAUGCGUCUUCAUCUAGUGCGCGACAUAAAAACAACGGUACCUGUGACCAGAAAAAUAAGAACAAAAACAAAAACAAAAACAAAGACAAGGACAAGGAAGCGUUAAGUAAACACGACUCGGAGCCAAGCUCCUGUGAAAGGAAACGAUUCCACUGUUUCUAUGAGAACGGGAAGUGCUACAGGGCGGCAACGCUGCACAGUAUUCCUAGAGAUGUUGGCCCUGUGGCAAUUGUAACUAAAACAAACAGUUUCGUUUGACAAAGAAGAGUCGUUUCAUAUCAUGAAGAUGGGUAUGAACACUUGUGUCAUCCGACGGGUUCACUGUGGAGAAGAAGAUCGGUGUGACGAAUAGGGUGUAGAACACAUCCAGAACACUUUAAGGAACAUCUGUUUCAGAACAUAAUCAUCUGACAAGAACACUUUCAGUUGAAUUCUACUUCAUGACUUCAUGUUCGAGUCUUAUUUCAACCAGAGGUUUUCAUGUGCUCUUCUCUGUGUUUGAUGCCUAAUUCGUUCCUUCAUUAAUUAAUGUCAUUUUUUAUGAUUAUCUAAUAUAUUUGUUAUUUGUUAUUUUCUUUAUUUACUUUUCAAAUUUAUUUAUAUUUAUUUUAAUCAUUUCAAGAAGAUUGAUUUGUUUCUUUUUCCAUUCUUUUUACGUCUUUGUUUGGAGGGGAGUGUCUUUGUUUUUUUGGUCUACAGGAGUUCAUUAAUGGUUUGACACUAAAUCAAACAGUAGAAUUCUUGAAACAGCAUUUCUCUCCGUACAGUGUUCAAUCUAGAUACGUGUGAACCAUGUCAUGUGUUUCAACCGAGAAUCCAAGUCAUUUACCCGAAUGUGUUUCUCGAAUUGAACAAAAUAUAUCAUAUAACUUAGUAGUACUUGAGAUGAAUCAAGCGAUCUCUAUUGACCAACCUAUGGUUGUUCUCCUAUAGGAGUAUUGUUCUGUAUAUUUGGCUUGAGAUUAUGAAUGUUUCAUUGACGUGUUGGUCGAAAAUAUACCGAACAAAAACAGUAAGGGAUCACGAAUAUUUUGGGGGAUAUUUCUUUUUAAAAAUUGGGGAUAUUCAUGAUCCCUAACUUUCUUGUUUAGUGUAUGUGUACAUGCUAUAUGGGAUGUGUAGACAUGUCCUGUCAUGUAACACUCUACGGGCACUUUCCCUUGACCAUCAUCCCGAGGCAAGCGUGUCCACACGCCGAUAUCAAAGCACAGUUUCUACCCUUGCCACACCAAGGCCACUUUUCGUGGUUCGAUCCUGGCGCCGCUUCGCGUAGAUCACGAGUUGUUCCCCUUGUAAUGAAAACGCGAUAUCCAAUCAAAUUGCUGUUCUUAUCUCGUAUCAUGGCUUCACAAAGAUGGCGACUACCAAAGGCGACGAACUAGUCGAUCCGACAACGGAAACAUUCGCAAUUUCAUCAUUUACAGACAGACACAGGCAAAUGAGGGUUUAAAAUAUGAAAAAGACAUUCGUGUCACAAAUACACUUUCGUACAAAUAUGUACCAGUCGGGGAUGUUGAUUUUGAGAAACGUUCUCUGAUUUGACUGGGCGGUCGGGUAGCCUGGUGGUUAAAGCGUUCGCUCGUCACGCCGAAGACCCGGGUUCGAUUCCCGACAUGGGUACAAUGUGUGAAGCCCAUUGCUGGUGA